AUGUUGUAUCCAGACCAGGAAGAGGAACUGCGGUCUGCUGGCAUUGGUGGGGAUGUCUCGGGACUGGCAGCAUUGUAUCGACAAGUCGUACUGAAUAGUGAUGAAGAAACCCGGAUCUUGGUCAUUCACGAACCUCGCAUCUUCCACACAUCGUCCACCAUAGUGUGCAGCCUCGAACGCAUCUCACCAAAUAAAUCCAAGGACGGCUACUAUGCGCUAUCGUAUCGUCAAGGUACAGCAGCACCAGAGAAGAAGAUCAGAGUCAGUGGUGUUGAACUUAAGGUUAGGCCCGAACUCCAUGCUGCACUCGUUCGACUGCGCACGGAAAAGAUUUACAGAAUAUGGAUCGAUGCUCUCUGUAUUCAGCAAUUCGACAAACGAGAGAAAGCGCAGCAAAUCAGAAUGAUGGGUGCCAUAUACCAGAUGGCUAUUGGGGUUUAUGCGUGGCUCGGGCCAGCAUAUGACAAUUCUGCUGCUGGCAUGAAGUACCUGAGUGACCCCUCGACAGGCUCUGCACCACGUAGUAUGAAGGAGCGCUUCAGAAUACGACACUUGAAGCAUCAUCAAGAAGACUCACUUGGACCCACACAGCAGGCUGUCCAUAACAUCUUGGAUCGUCCAUACUGGCAACGAGUGUGGAUCAUACAAGAAAUCAGUAUGGCGCGCUCUGUAACAUUUUGGUGCGGAGAGGAAAGCGUAGACUUCGACAGUUUAAUGAAGGCUCUGGGCGAUCCCAACGACCUGUCUGAUAUGAGGCUGAUACUCCAAGACAAACAAGGAACCAUAGACGGCAUACGCAAAUUCCGCGAGUCCGUGUCAUCGGCGAGGAGGAUGACACUACUCGGCACACUGCUGGAAAGUCACCACUCACAAGCAACAGACAAACGAGACAAGAUCUACGCUUUGAGGUCAUUAGCUCACGAUGGUGAGGCGCUUAUCCCAUUCCCAAGCUACGGCGACGACGAGGCAGUUGUCUUCCGAGACAUGACCAGAGCAUUGAUUGAGCAUGGCUACGUUGACGUGCUCUUGUUGAACCGCCAUACGCCACCUGGUUCUAAGCAUACUGCACGAUUCAUCACCAACAGCUGGACACCAGACUGGAGUAACACGGAGAGCAUUUAUCCUUCUUGGAUCUGGAACUUGGUACAGUCCAAUGCAGACGGCUCUCUUGCACGUGGCCGGGUUGCUAAAACUGAUCGAGUCAAGGAUGACUAA